AACAUUUUGUUGUGAACAGCCUGUUUAUCAGGAAGUUUGUAGUAUUUCACCUCCAACGCUCAAUCCUGGAGCACAUUCAUUGCAUUCGUGUUACUUGCUGUAAUAUCUACACGUCUGCGAAUUACAGACGCCUUCACUACACGCGACAGGAACUAUGGAUAUCGGUGGCUUUCGCACCGUUCGUGUGAAGUUUGACGAGACGUGCCAGUCAUCGCACUGUGUGUAUAUCAAGAAGCACAAUGUGCGUAUAGAGUCGGAUGCAACACCACCAGAUCGCACCCUAUUCGUGCUGAAUGUGCCACCAUUUUGUGAUGAGGAUUCAGUACGGCACAUAUUUGAACGUUUUGGUCCCAUUUCUGCCGUUCACUUGCGGUCCAAGCCAGGAAACGUGACGACAGCAGAGGAGCGCACAGAGGAGGAGGAUUACUUCAGACCGCCCGCUACGUCACCCGGUUUUCGCUGUGGCUAUGUGGUGUUCGAAGAUGGGCAACAUCUCAGCACAGCAGUCAAGGACAAGUACAAGGAUGUUGUCGUUCUGUCAACAGAAGCUCGGCCUCUUGCAUCGGGCAUCACAAAAUGGUGCCAGGAUUAUCGUCAGCGGUGGCCUGACCCUGCCCUGCUCCAUCGCUCAGCGUCAGCGUACAUCGAGACCUACGAGGCACGCGUAGCCCAGGAGAAGACUAAGGCCGAGAGGGCAGCCGGACGGCCGGAUGAGGAGGGCUGGAUCGAAGUCACCCGCGGCUCGAAGAAGUCCGUGGCCACCACGACCCUGGCGAAAACGAGGCAACUCACUCCCAAAGAGCGCCGUCGCCUUCGCAAGGAGCAGAAAGACAAGGAGCUGCUGCACUUCUACCAGUUCCAGCAUCGCGAAAAGAAGAGAGAACAGAUUGCGCAGCUGCGUCGCAAGUUCGAAGAGGACAAGGAGAAGAUCAAGGAAAUGCGCUCCGCACGCAAGUUCCGACCGUUCUGAUCAUGGAAGCGCACCGUGUGUGUGUGUGUGUGUGUGUGUGUUGCCUAUUGUCAGCUACUCGCCUUGCACGUCUUCUGUUUGUACAGUACUCGUCUCUUUCGUUCAUGCUCCCCAACUUCUCGUUUGUGCAACCUGAACAACUUGACGUCAUUGCUCAGGUGUAUUUUCAGUUUCACCAAUGUCGCUAGUAGUAAAAAAAAUUAAAUUAACCCUCCGCCCAUGCUGUGUUCCAUGGCGUGUUUACAUGGUGUGUGCCAAGGGUGCCAACGGAUUGUUCAACAUUGCAUCUUGAAGUAUACUUGCGGCCAAUGGGUUCCGAUGUCAUGAAUGCAUCGGCGGGUUGCGUAGUGUUGAUGUGGCUACAGUAUACUGAGUGGUUGUGCCAUGCAUACGUGUCUUGUAGGCUACGGUCUGUGCAAUAGAUGCCUUGGUCACAGUAGCUGUGCAAUAUUGACAACAAUAGUUGCCACCAAGGCAAAGAAAUCUAGACAUUCUGUCACGUCACUCAAUCAAAUGACCCACAAUGAAAAUAAUACGAGUGCUCCAACA